CACGCAGUGCGCGCGUCCGUCAGCCAGUCCACGGCGCCGCGCGCGCACCGCGUGGGCCGCCGCCCUCGCGUCCGACCCCCACGCACACGCCCCGCGCGUCGACGAGGACGCCCUGCUCGCCCGCGACGGCGUCGCCCCCGGCUCCGGAGACGCCUGCGCGCCCGCGGAGGGCGCGAAGAGGAAGCCGUGCAAGGACUGCUCGUGCGGAUUGGCCGACGUGUACGACAAGGAGGAGGAGGAAAGGAAGAAGACCGUGGAUACGAAGGACGCCGCGAAGAGCUCGUGCGGCAACUGCUCGCUCGGCGACGCGUUCAGAUGCGCGGGCUGCCCAUAUCUCGGCUUGCCCCCGUUUAAACCUGGCGAAAAGGUCGCUGUUCCCACGUCAUUUAUGACUUCGGAUAUUUGA